AAUCAGUUAUUGACAGUGUACAUUUAAAGACUUUUUGAUCACGUUUCUCACUCUUUCCCAACUAUUUUCUCUUGACUUCCCGUGUUCUGUUGCUCCAUUCGUCUAUUUCACUCGAAUCGUCGAUCUAUUAAAACAUGAGCUGUUUACCAUGCAUGGCGGCUGACGUGUUGGCACCAGGAUUCUGGGAAGUUGGAAGCUACAAGCAUAAUGUAAAACGAUUCAAGGAUGGAGUUGAGCAACUGGACGAUUAUUGCAAGAUGAGCCGGGAAAGAGCCGAGAUCGAAGCAAAGUACAGCAAGAUGCUCUCUCAACAUGCUGAAAAAUGGAGGGCGCACGUUGAUCGAACGGUAUCUGCCGGCUCAGUAAAAACCGUGUGGAAUGAGCUUAUUGGAGAGGCAACUGCUCUUUCAAGAGUUCAUAACAGUCUUAAGGAUUGUUUGAUUGAUGAUAUCGUUAAUGAAACAACAACUUAUCGAAAAAACAGUUUACACACAUCAGUUUUCAAAGGACCAAAAGAAAUUCGUGAAAUUGAAGACCAUUUUGAAAAGGCACAAAAGCCAUGGAAAAAGUUGGUUGAUAAGAUGGAGGAUAAACGCGGAAAGUAUUAUAAUGUGUGUCGGCAGGAGAAAUCGGCGUUGGUGAACUUGCAGAAUUGCCAGACUGACACUUCCGUGUCUCCAGAUGCGGCAACCAAGUUCCGUGAGCGUCAUGAGAAGUUGAAAGAGGAAGUGCAAAGAACAAAAGUCGACUAUCAGAAGACGUUGACAAACUUGAACGAGUACAAAAAUGUAUACAUGGAGGCGAUGGCGCAUGUUUUCAAAAUGUGCCAGGAAAAAGAAAUGGACAGAUCUCAAUUUUUGAUUGGAAUUGUACAAAAGACACAAAGACAUUAUGCGAAUAUUAUCAGAAACAGCCAAAUGUCUGGUCUCCAUCAACAGCUGGAACAAUCAAUUCGAUCCGCCGAUUCUGAAGCUGUAAAAAGAGAUUUGGCUCAGUGGUCAAGUGUUAAUGGAGUUGAUGCAUUUUCCGAAUGGCCGAGUUUUGUGGAAUACUCGCCGGAGAUUCGUAACAUUGCUGCACGUGGUGGAUCGACUAAAGAUGCUGGAGGAGUAAUUCUCACUAGACAAAUAAACAGAAGCGAAGACAUUCCAUCAACACAUUCCAACACAUUGCCAUCAGUUGCUGUAAACACUGCUUCUAGUCAUGAAGAUGUCGGAAAGAGUAGCCCAAAGAGUAGCAGUGAAUCCGAUACAAGCACUUUUGACAGCCGAAAACAUAAUUCUACCGCUAAUAAAUAUAAGAAUCAACCUCAAAAUACUACGCAAAUCCAACCACCGCCAGUUGGAUGGCAUCCAUCAGACGGACCCGACUCCCCUCCGUUAUCUACUGAAACUCCAGACUCGGCAAAAUAUGGAGACUUUGAAGAGUUCACAACUAGUAAGCCAGCCGUAGUUCUGUACGAUUACGCGCCAGCAGAAGGAGAUGAGAUUGCACUGAGGAAAGGAGAAAUGAUAGAAGUGCUCACAGAACCUGAUUCGUUGGGAUGGUGUACUGGAAGAGUCAGUGGAAAUGUUGGACUGUUUCCAGCGAGUUAUGUUCAAUGCCAAGGAGAAAAAUCUUAAAUCUUAAUGCUAAUAGUCAAUAUUAUCUGUACUCUUUAUUAUUAAUUUAUACAUCAAACACCUAUUCCCAUUCUCAAACCAAAAUCAUUCGGUGUUUUUUUUUUGUCAUUUCAAUCUUCCUUUUCCUAAUCUGUUCGCUUUCUAUCUGUCAAUGUUUCUUUUGAAAGUUACUUAUAAUCUGUACUCUCCCCAACUUUAAAAUUAAAGUGUACUACAUCGUGUAUACUUCAUAUUGUAUUUUCAAUAAAAUACAUUAUUACGCUG